UCCACCAUAAUGCACAGAAUAUACAAGAAAGCAACAAGAUCAUUUAUCAUUCAAGUCUAAAAGCUGCACAGAAUCACCUCCAAAUGAACGUUUAUUUUUCCUGAACCAGUGACUGAUUCAACUGACUCAGAAUCAACACACAUGAGCAGAAACAUUUUUAACUGCUCCACAACACACACACACACACACACACACACACACACACACACACACACACACACACACUAACCAAGAGAACUCUGGGUUCUAGAUCAGGUUCCUCCAAUGUGACUGUUUCCAUAAAGACAUCACUAUUAAAUCUGCUGCAUAAACUCUGUUUCUUUACAUAAUAAACCACCGAUGAACCUCAUUCCAUCCACCACAACCUAGUAAUAAACCUCCAACCUUCAGCAUGGAAGCCUGGGGUGUGAGGUUUAAUUUACACUGAAUAGAAAAAUAUGAUGGAAUUAUUUUCCUCAGAAUAAAUCACUUGGAGUCAUUAAGCUGCUAAAUAUCACAUCAUGGACUAAAGCAGUGCUGAAGUUUACCAAACACAUAACUGAACACGUAGGAGACCUGCUCUCACAGACGUGACACACUGAUCCUGGUCAUGUGUUACAGUCUAACACUGCCAUCAGGUGGCCACACACACACACACACACCCACACACACACCCACACCCACACACACAAGAUAACUUUAGAUAAAUGUCCUACACUGACUAGCAGUAACGUCUUCCCAGACUUGGAAGAUGUUUGGUGAGAUCAGUAAAACCCAGUCAAUUGCUGCAGCAGAAACUCUGUUUUUUUCAGGCUUGGUUCUUUAUCUUUAUCAAAGUAUCAGCUAAAUCAUUGAGAAGCAUGACACAUUCUUCCACAGAAACCGACUCCUGAUGGAUGGAGUGGUGGAGAUCGCUUGGUACUACCCUGCUGGGAAGAAAACUGAUUAUUUCACAGUGUUGCCUUCAGUAAUCUGUUUCUCUAAUGUGGGUUUCAGCAGUUCUAGAUGAACUUGUGAAGAUACUGGGAGAUCAGAGGGUGUUUGUUCUGUCAGUUUUGGGGAUUCAGAGCUCUGGGAAAUCCACCAUGCUGAAUGCCAUGUUUGGACUGCAGUUUGCUGUCAGUGCUGGAAGGUGCACCAGAGGAGCCUUCAUGCAACUGGUCAGAGUGUCAGAGGAGAUGAAGGAAGAGCUGUUUGAUUACUUACUAGUUGACACUGAAGGUCUUCGAGGUUUAGAGCUGGCUGAGAAGACCACAAUACACCAUGACAAUGAACUGGCUACAUUUGUUGUUCUUGAAAACCUGACCUUGAUCAAUAUCUUUGGAGAGAACCCUGCUGAGAUGCAGGACAUCCUUCAGAUUAUUGUGAGAAUGAAGAAGGUCAGACUGAAUCGCAGCUGUUUAUUUGUCCACCAGAAUGUUGGAAACAUCACUGCUGGAGAGAAAAACAUGGAGGGAGGAAGACACUUACAGGGAGAACUGAAUGGAAUGACCAAGCUGGCAUCUAAAGAAGAUGGUGAUGCUCAGUGCUUUAGUGAUAUCAUUGCAUUUGAUGUACAAGGUGAUGUUAAGUACUUUGCACAGCUCUGGGAGAGAAGCCCACCCAUGGCACCACCAAACCCAUCAUACAGUAAAAAUAUUGAGGAGCUAAGAAGAGUUUUGCUGUUUAAAUCCCACUUAAGCAAUUUGUGGAAUGCACUGCUGAAUGAAAACUUUGUGUUUAGUUUUAAAAACACUUUAGAGAUUGCAGUGGACAGAAAACUCGAGAAUGAAUAUUGUAAAUGGACCUGGAGCCUUUGCAGUGCCAUGCUGGGAGCUGAGAACAAACUGCUGAACAGAGUCAACAAUGAAAAAUACCCAAAAAUUGAUGAAAAGGAAAUCGUGGCAGAUGUGAAUGACACAAAGCUGGCUGUGGAAGGAUUAAUCAAUAAGUUCUUGAUGAAGACAAAUAAUUUUUAUUCAAUAUUGAGAGAUUUAAGAAAGAUUUUGGAUCUUAAAGAUCUUAUUAAAGGAACUAAGAGAAAGUUAGAUAAAGUUGCAUGUUUGAAAAUUGCAAGAGAACAGAAAUCAGCGAAGAUUCUGAGGGGAAAUAAGCUUUAGACACAGAGCAAAGACCUACAAUUUACUUUACUACACUCAAAACAGAAUUUGAAAAUGUCUGGGACAAGUGGGUCACUGAGGUGAUGGAAGAUGUAGCUUUAAUCCACAGCAAUGAUGGUGCACUGGUUCAUGUGUGGCGCGAGGGGUGCGGAUGGUGCAGGGAGGGAGAGCCGAAGGGCUCGUCACACCCAAGCUCAACUUUAUAUACUAACCAAGUCGACUACGCCACCUGGGAGGGUUAUACCCAGGAAAUAGAAGUAAACCCCAGAGUUUAUUAGGUCACACAAGUUCGAGUCCCUUAUUAUUGAGUGUAGGCAGGAAACGUGGGCAUCGUAUAAAACAAUACAAAGUUUAUUGAAAACUUAGCUUUAAAAUAUAAAACAAAAAAUGUUCUCGCUGGUGAAUAUGGUCCAGUGACAAUUACACAAAUAAAAAAUAAACAAUCGGACACAAAAUAUUAAACAAUAAAUUUACACAACUUCCAAAUGAACAAAACAUAAAAUCAUUGCAUACAGGGCUGGAGUUACCCACUGGAGUGAUCAGCACUAAUUAUCAAAAAGCACACUCUCUAGUCACCAAGCACAAUAUGAUUCACCAUAUACACCGCUUAAACAAAAACCAAUGAAGAACUUGAUUAAAAGGUUGAGGGAAGCAAAA